UUCUAUGUUUUUAGUUUUCAUUUUAUCGGAAUUUUUGUGUUUGGUCUUAAAUGUAUAACGCAAACUACUUUCAUUUGGUAUUUAAAAUAUAUCAUUGAAGUUUUUUAAAUUAAGUUACACUUAUGUAAAGCUUAUUUAAGCUACUUUAACUAAAUUUUUAUUCAAGUUUUUUUUAUUUAUACUAUAAUGGAAACUAAAAUUAUUGUUGAACAACUUGAAGAUAAACAACAAAUAGUUACAUAUAAAUAUUUAAUUGAAAAAUUAAACAUCCAUCCAAAUAAAGCAAAACAAUUGUUAAAAGAUUAUGUUUCUAAACUCACUGAUGAUCAAAAAUACUCUAUCACAGUUGUUAUCGGGGGUACACUCAAGGAAAAUGAUGAAUUUUGUAUUGUAUUGGCGUAUGAUGAUCAUGUUGAAACUAUGCGCCGGCGUUUUAAGCAAAUUGAUUUUGAACACAUUUAUAGUAUUCAACCUAUUAGCAGAUUUGACGAUAUAAAUAAUGCUUUAUAUCUAGUUAAUAAUUCAUUAAAUAAUUAUACUAACUUGCUUUCAAGUAUCAAAACAAAAGAAAAAAGAAAUGAUUUAAUGUCUGAACAAAAAGAUGCAAUUGAAAUGGAGAUUAAUUUACCGUUAACUAAACAAACAAACCUGUCACCUAAUAAAAUUCAAAAUCAUAAAAGUGAAACAAUUGCCCGUACAGAAUUAGAUAAACCACAGAAAAAGAAAAAUGGAUUGGAUUUCUUUAAAAAUAAUAGUACCAAUAAUACAAAACAGGAAGAAAUUGAAAAAAAAGUUAUUCCAAACAAGGCCAAUUCAGAUUUCUUUACAAAAUUCAAAAAUUCCAAUAAAAAUCCAUGUAUAACAAAUGGUUCUACUGAUUCUAAAAACAAGGUUACAGCAGAAAAAAUUACAAAAGUAGAUACUAAAAUAAUAGAUUUAGAGCCACCAAAAAAUGUACAAGAUAAUUCAACAAGUGUAUGUAAGGAAAAGAAUUUAAAAAAAGAAAAAAAGAAAAAAGAAAAUGUAAAUAAAAGUAAAAGUAAUCAAAAAGUUAAAAGAAAACGUAUUCAAACUUUUGAUAGUUCAGAUGAAGAAAUAGAUAGUGAAGAAGAAGAUAUGAAAAGAUCUGAACAUGUUAUGGAUGGUGAGGAUGAUGUUGAUUUUGUACAGCCUACUCCACCUCGCCCAACACCAAGAGAGAAUCGAAAAAAAGAAAAACAAAUAACCACAUCCACAUUUAUAGAUGAUGAUGGUUUUGUCCAUACUACUAAAGAAGUUAAAAUUGUGGAAACAGAAUGUGAAUCACUUUCAGAGUCCACUGAAAACGACAACAUUCCUGAACCUAAAGAAUUAAAUAUUGAACCAGUUGUUAAAAAAAUUAAAAUCUGUGAAUCAGAUUCUGCUGAUAAGAAAAAGAACAAAAAUAAAAAAUCUAAAAACAGUUCUAACCAAGGCAUGAAACAAUCUUCAUUAACUAGUUUUUUUAAAACAAAAUAAAUAAUGUAUUACUACAAUAUUUUAAUAAAUACACAAAUAUUAACAUAUAAAUUAAAUAAUUUUUAUGUACCACCAGUAUAAUAAAUUAUAAUAUAUAAAUAAAUACAAAGAAAU